AUGUGCUACUUGUUCCUUUUAAAUAGUCUAUUUAAUAAUGCAUUUUUAAUAAUCUUAUUAUUUGUAAAAUAUCUUUUCAUCAAUCCUUUGAUGAUGUCAUCCUCGUCUUGUUCUUCGUUGUGGAGGAAGCCCCCAUGCAGUCCGAGCAGGUCCGCCUGCCUAUCAAAUGGGCCUGGACCUGAUCCCUGGCAGCCUAUCGAGGAUAAUAAAUUUGUCCAAAACAUAAAAAUAAAUAUAAUAAUUGUGUGUAAUCUAUUAUCUCCUGAGAUAAUAUGUGACCUUCUUUAAUUUUAGUCAUUGCGAUCUAGAAGGUUAAUAGGUCAUCAUCUUUAAUUCUGGCUGUUACGAUCCAGUAAGAUGGACAGUUCACAAUUAUUUGAGUGUAUAAAUUUGUCGGUUUUUAUUAGAAGGGGAGGGAGAGGUGGACGCAAGAAAAUACUGGUGUUAGACAGAGAUCAAAGGGGGGAAAAAACAGACCGCAUGUUUGGUCAGAGAUGAGGACACAUCCUACAUCUUUCGAAUCCAACAAUUGGUACUCCUCCUGACCGUCAGAAAAGCGCUUAAGCGUGAGACAAGUACUAACAUGAAGAAAUCAACUCAACCUCCUCCGGCAGACCUGCAGCUGCAGCCUGCAAGGUCGCAGCCCUCUACGCAAGUUCAGACGUCCCUGCCGCAACCGCAGUGACGACGCACGGCACCACGCUCCGGACGUCCACGCGCUACCAACCCCAACUCAACCCGUCGCUGCCACGGCGAUCACUACCCACGCGCUCUUUCCCCCCGUCAAACACCUGCGAGCUAGCUCCGAAGUAAACACAUUCGCUCGCUGCGCGGCUUCCUCCCCUCCCUCCCGCCGUCCGCUUCCCGCGAGACGGGCGACCUCUUCUCCCGACGCCGCGCGGGCUUCCUUUCCCUGGAAUGCCCUCCCCCCGCAGCCGGACGGAGGAGGGGCACUAGGCCGCGGCGGCGGCUCGGAUGGGGCGGCCGGGGUACGUGACGGUGCCGAUACUCUCCGUGCUCGCUGCGAUCGGGUACGUCUACUACACCACGGUGUUCCUGGCGAUCCCCGCCUGGCUGGGGCUAGCCACGGCGGCCGGGAUCACCAACACCGCGGCCUUCACCUUGCUGGCCGCCGCCUGCGUUGCCACCUACGCCGUCGCCGUCUCGCGCGACCCGGGCCGCGUGCCGGCGGCGUUCGUGCCCGACUUCGAGGACGUCGAGAGCCCCAUCUACGAGAUCAAGCGCAAGGGUGGUGAUUUGAGAUACUGCCAGAAAUGUUCCCAUUAUAAGCCUCCUCGUGCGCACCAUUGCCGUGUCUGCAAAAGAUGCGUUCUAAGAAUGGACCACCACUGUAUAUGGAUUAAUAACUGUGUUGGGCAUGAGAACUACAAAAUUUUCCUAGUCUUCGUUCUGUAUGCUGUAAUUGCAAGCCUCUAUUCUAUGGUUCUGAUUAUAGGGGGUGCCGUGCAUAGUUUGCCUAAGGAUGAACAGCCCGGCAGUGAUUCUUCUAGAACAUCUAUUAUUAUUUGUGGCAUUCUUCUGUCUCCAUUAGCUUUGGCAUUGAUGGUCCUCUUGGGUUGGCAUGUUUACCUCAUCAUACAAAAUAAAACUACUAUCGAGUACCACGAAGGAGUUAGGGCAAUGUGGUUGGCUGAAAAGGCUGGAAAUCUCUAUCAUCAUCCUUAUGAUCUUGGAGUCUAUGAGAACCUUGUUUCGGUACUAGGUCCUAACAUAUUGUGCUGGCUCUGCCCAAUAUCAAGGAACAUAGGAAACGGUGUUCGUUUCCGCACAUCAUAUGAUAUUCCGCUAUCUGACACCACCAAUGUGAUGCACACUAGAUAGCACUACAACCAUGUUUGAUAUCUGCUAAUCUGUAAAAGAAACUCAGAGUAAUCGUCUGGCACUAGGGGUGGACCCAUGUUCAAGGCUAGGAGUGCACAGAACACCAGGUAAUUUUUCAUUUUUCAGUGAUCAAUUAUAUGUAUCAAACUCAUAGAACAUCUUUUAGUCUAACAAGUGAGACAUUUAAACUUCUAGUCUAAUAAGUAGAUAUCCCGUCAUUUUUGUUCUAAGUCUGCCGCUGUCUUGGCAAAGCAUUUGGUCAAUGGAGUGAACUGGCAUAUCACUCUUGCAUUGGCUGAAUCCUACGGCAGAGCCAGAGUAGUCUGCAGAAGUACUUGGCGCAGACCAUAAAGCAGUGCUUCAGUUUACCGCAGUGUAUGGCUUUUACAGUAGACACGCAUAAAUUUGCACUUAGACCGUUCAGAAAUUUCAACAGUUAAAAUAUUAUGGUAAACUCGUCCGUAAAUGAUGCGAAAGAUGCAAACAAUGGUUAGAGAAUUUAUAAAGCAGCAGGGAAGAUAUUUCGAAAGAUUCGUCUAAAAUGCAAUGUAGUAUCUCUGCAUGUUUUUAUUGUUCUUCGUAUUACAUUCCAAGACUUCUACUCCAUACUCAGUAUU